AUAAAGAUGCGAUUAGCGUACAUUUUGAUAUUCUGGAUGUGCUGUGGGAGCAGUCACAGCCAGCUGUUGGUGGAUCUAGUGAGGGAUUUCGAGACUACAUUGUUGAACACUCGCAUACCCGACACCAACGACUUUCUGCCCGAGUAUGACUUCAUCAUUGUGGGCGCCGGUUCGGCGGGUUGUGUGCUGGCCAAUCGAUUGAGUGAGAUUAAAACGGCACGAGUGCUGCUGCUGGAGGCGGGCGAUCAGGAGACGUUCAUCAGUGAUGUGCCCCUAACGGCCGCAUUGACGCAAACGACACGCUACAAUUGGGGCUAUAAGGCGGAGGCAACGCCCAAUGCCUGCCAAGGGCUGCGUAAUGGCGUCUGCAAUUGGCCCAAGGGACGUGGCGUUGGUGGCACAAGUCUCAUCAAUUUUAUGCUCUACACACGUGGACAUCGUCAGGACUACGAUGGCUGGGCGGCUGCGAACAACACGGGUUGGUCUUAUGCCGAGGUGCUGCCAUAUUUCAAGAAAUCGGAACGCAUUGGCAUCAGCGAUCUGUACAAGUCACCGUAUCAUGGCCGCAAUGGGCCACUCGAUGUUCAGUACACGGAUUACAAGUCGCGACAGCUGAAGGCUUUCCUCAAGGCCAGUCGAGAGAUGGGCUACGACAUAACCGACACCAAUGGCGAACAGUUGAUGGGCUUUUCACGUGCUCAGGCCACCAUUCGCCAAGGAAGACGUUGCAGCACUAGCAAAGCAUUCAUACAGCCGGUGUUGCAUCGCCGCAAUUUGCACAUAUCCAUGAAGAGUUGGGUCACCAAGCUGCUCAUCGAUCCCAACACCAAAGUGGCCAUUGGCGUUGAGUUCACCAAGCAGCGCCAACGCUUUGUGGUGCGAGCCAGCAAGGAGGUUAUUCUCUCUGCCGGUUCUAUAGCCAGUCCACAGCUGCUGAUGUUGUCGGGUGUGGGACCAAGUGCCCAUCUGGCGGAGCAUAAUAUUCCCGUGGUACAGGAUCUGCAAGUUGGCUACAAUUUGCAGGAUCACAUUACCCUUAACGGUCUCGUAUUUAUGGUCAAUGAUUCUACGGUGAAUGACGCACGUCUGCUCAAUCCCCAGGACAUCAUACGCUACUUAUUCGCUGGCCAAGGACCCUACACGAUUCCUGGCGGUGCUGAGGCAUUCGCCUUUGUGCGCACGCCUAGUUCAAGUUUUGCCUCGGACUACGCAGACAUGGAGCUCGUCAUGGGAGCUGGCUCCCUGAGCGGAGAUCGCUUUGGCACGCUGCGCGAUUUGCUUGGCAUCACAGAUGAGUUUUAUCAGAAAAUGUAUGGCGACUUGCAGCAGGAAGAAACGUUUGGCAUGGUGCCAGUGCUACUGCGACCCAAGAGCACUGGACGUAUCUCAUUGCGCAGUCGUAAUCCCUUCCACUGGCCACGGAUGGAGCCCAAUUUUAUGCAGCAUCCCGACGAUGUGCGUGCUAUGAUUGAGGGCAUAGAAAUGAUCUUGAGGUUGGCACGCACCAAGUCCAUGCAGAAGAUUGGCACACGCUUUCAUGCUCGACCCUUUCCGGGGUGUGAUCAUUUGAAAUUCGCCAGCCAAGACUAUUGGCGCUGUUGCCUGCGCCUUUAUGGCUCCAGUUUGCAACAUCAGUCGGGCACUUGCAAAAUGGGGCCAUCUACAGAUGCCGCAGCUGUGGUAGAUCCUGAGCUUAGGGUCCAUGGCAUACAGCAUCUGCGUGUAGUUGAUGCUUCGAUUAUGCCACAUGUGCCGGCUGGGCAUACGAAUGCAAUCACCAUCAUGAUUGCGGAGAAGGCUGCUGAUAUGAUCAAGAAUGCGUGGCGCAUGAAGAUUGCUCCACUGGACAAGUAGGCUUGGUCAGUUAUUCUUUAGUAAUUUAUAUUUAUUGUAUACGAGUCAUUAGAUUAAGUGGUUCAAAGUUUUUAUAUUGUGAUAGGCCCUUAAUAUGCUAUUAUAGUCGGCUACAAUUGUUCAGCCGUAUUGCUUAUUAUCAGAUAAGUAUAUUAUCAUUUUACAUCUUAUUUUAAGCUUGCCCCAAAAAGUAUUUUGCAUCUAAAAUAAUAAAAUA